GGAAGCUCCUCCCCAGGGGUGUAGCACAGGAAGAGGUGGCGGUCGGGGGAGCUCCCUGCGAGCCCGCGGAGUUGCCGUUAACCCGUUUUACUACGUGUGUGUCUUAUAUUACAGCCAUGCUGCACAUCAGCGGCCAGAGCGAGGGGAGAGGGGAGGAAAAGCCUGUUUACACAGACUGCAAACCGCCUGGGGAAUAAUGCAGGAAAGGAAGUGAGCCGGCUCUCUGUCUGACUGCUCUGACUUCCUGCUCGCUCUCUCACACGGGCACACACACACACACACACACACACACACCCCGGCCGAAAAAAAAAAAAAAAAAAAAAGAAAAAAGAGAGGGGAGAAAAAAAAAAAAAUCAGGAUCUCGUUACAAGAGCAACAGAGCGUUUGCAGAAGACUGUCAGCAUGGAGAACCGGGGGAUUUUACUCAGCUCCCUCUAAACUACCAGGAGAGAGCGGAAAAGUCCCUCAGGCUCUGGGUAUGGAGAGUGCAAUCACACUGUGGCAGUUCCUUUUGCAGUUGCUGCUAGACCAGAAACAUGAGCACCUGAUUUGCUGGACGUCUAAUGAUGGCGAAUUCAAGCUACUCAAGGCAGAAGAAGUGGCUAAGCUGUGGGGACUCAGAAAAAACAAAACUAAUAUGAAUUAUGACAAGCUGAGCCGCGCGCUCAGAUACUAUUAUGACAAGAACAUCAUCAAGAAAGUGAUCGGACAAAAAUUUGUGUACAAGUUUGUCUCCUUUCCUGAGAUUUUAAAAAUGGAUCCACAUGCUGUGGAAAUCAGCAGAGAGAGCCUUUUGCUGCAGGACAGCGACUGUAAGAUGCCUUCCGAGAGCAGGGAUCAGCACAAGCACAGCUUGUCAGCACUGAAAAGCACAAGCCGUAAUGAAUAUAUCCACUCUGGCCUGUACUCCUCUUUCACUAUCAACUCUCUGCAGAACCAGCCAGACCCUUACAAGCCAAUCAAAACAGAAAAACUGGAGGAGAAGUCAGAAGGAAACACACCAGUCGAAGAAGUGCGGACUGUUAUAAGAUUUGUGACAAACAAAACAGACAAACAAGUUAUGAGGCCCAUCGUGUCGCUGCCUUCCACUUCUGAAACAGCAGCUGCCUCUGCUUUUCUCAGCUCUUCAGUAUCAGCUAAAAUAUCUUCCUUAAUGCUACCCAACAGCGCCAGCAUUUCAUCUCCAUCAUCAUCUUCCUCCAGGUCGCCGUCUCUGUCUCCCACCUCACCCCUCCCUGCAGAACACAGGAGCCUCUUCCUUGAGUCCAGCUGCCACGACUCAGAUUCCCUUGAGCCUCUGAACCUCUCCUCAGGCUCCAAGGCAAAAUCUCCAUCUCUUCCCCCAAAGGCUAAAAAACCCAAAGGCUUGGAAAUCUCCGCCCCACCCAUGGUUCUCUCCAGCACCGACAUCGGUUCCAUCGCCCUCAACAGCCCCGCGCUUCCUUCGGGAUCCCUGACUCCAGCUUUCUUCACUGCACAGACCCCAAAUGGAUUAUUGCUGACCCCAAGCCCGCUGCUGUCUAGCAUUCAUUUCUGGAGCAGCCUCAGUCCUGUUGCUCCUCUGAGUCCUGCCAGGCUGCAGGGACCAAACACUCUGUUCCAGUUUCCAACUUUGCUAAAUGGUCACAUACCAGUGCCACUCCCCAGUCUGGACGGAGCCUCUUCUCCAGUACUGCUUUCUCCAAACGCUCAGAAAUCCUGAUGACGCCUCAUCACGCCAAGGACUUAUUGGUGGAUUUAACACUUCAUUCCUAUGGGCUAGUUUUUCCUGUGUCAUGAGAAGGACAUUGUGAAACCCUCUAUUACUUUGGUUUGCACUUUUCAUUACAUGGAUAAUCUACUUUUAUUAUGUUAGCAUUUUUAAACAGUGUUUAUAUAUAAAAGUAUAUAUAAAUCUGUUUUGCAUUAAAUGAAUUAUAAUUUUUUUUAUAUCAUAGCUCUCAAGUGUUGAACACUUCUGUUGUUGAUGAAGUACUUCUUAAUGGUUUGCAACAAUGUAUCUAAUAAGGAUGUGAAGCUUCUUUUUAAUCCCUUUUCCUGCAUAUUAUGCAUUGUGCUUGUGUAAACUAUAACCGGCUGUGCCUUCUUUUGCAUAAUGUCAUGUAAAUGAUUUAUAUAUUUUCUAGUAUUAAGAUAAAAAGUUGAAAGAAAAAACUAGUAUUGAACAGCCCUAUGGUAGUAUUUCAGUAUUUUCUCCACGGAUAGGCCAUAUGAUGCAAUGUAUUCAUGUAACUUUGUAUUAAGUGCUUUCAAAUUGUAUAAAAAUAGCCUUAUAAUUUUUCUUUGCUGAAGUGAAAAACGUAAUCAACAUUACAGUCAGGAGAUGCAUUUAGGAGUAACAAAGCCACAUUUACACGUUUACGCCCAAGUUCUUCUGUUGACUCGCAACAGGGAGGAACGGGGCUGUGUGUAGUCGUGAGAUUUCCAGCAUUUGAGGAUACUUCUGUAGAAAAGGAGACCUUGCUCAGAAUUUAUUUGGCGUAUAUUUCUUACGAACUGUCAACAGUACAGCUGGAAAGACUGCAGGUAAUCUCUGUCCUCCCAGGGAAUAAGGAUCAUUCCCGAUAAGAGAAUUUCCAGGUGCUUUGUUCAGUCAUGCCAAGUGCCUUCUACUAUUUCCCUAGAAAGAUUAUUCUAGCUACUAAAGCUCAGAAGGUCGCAUUUCCCCUUCCCCCAAAGCUGGAGCAGUUACAGGACUGUAAAUUAAUGCCUGGUGCUUGUGAAGAGGCAUACUGUACAUGUGGGAUGUUUAUGUAUAAACAUCUGAAUUCUGGAUUAAAAAACAGCACUGUGUUACUAUAUACUUGCAACUUGAAUUUACUGGGUAUGUCCUCUACCUUGAGGUGAUGGCUUAGUCAUCUAAAUGUCAGGUUAGGAUUAGGCUAGACUCCCUGGCACCACAGAUUCUAAUCUUGGCAAGGCCGAUGCAAAUCUUCAGUUUUCUGAGGCGGCUAAAGUGGGUUGAAUGCAGCUUUACCAUGUCGGUUUUUCAGAUGAGACCUUCAAAAACCAAACCAAAAUCAGAAUCCUGUUGGCUACAGGUCAUUAAAAGCUUCUACUUUCCUUUCUGGCCAAGCGGCUGGCCAAAAGUCUGUUCUUUUUGAAAUUUAUGCAGUGAGUUGUCUGCUGAUUUUCUGCUUGGAUGCAUUUCAGUGAUGAUGUGUGUAGUUAAUUGUAAAGUGCUUUUGGAUCCUUCAACCUGAAAGGUGCUAAAUAAACAUUUUAUUAAUGCA